UCCUCCUCCUCCUCCUCCCCUUCCCUCCUCCCCUGCCCUCCUUCCUCCCUCCUCCCCUCCCUCCUCCUCUUCCUCCUCCUCUUCCUCCGCUCACAGACACAUUCCCGCUACCUUCCUCAGAGAGACUCGGAUCGGGACGGAUCGGGACGAACCGGGACAAACAUGGCGUCAGGUGUCACAGUGAACGAUGAGGUCAUCCGGGUGUUCAAUGACAUGAAGGUGAGGAAGUCUUCGAGCCAGGACGAGGUGAAGAAGAGGAAGAAGGCGGUGCUGUUCUGUCUGAGUGACGACAGGAAGAAGAUCAUCGUGGAGGAGGGGAAGCAGAUCCUGGUGGGCGACAUCGGCGAGACGGUGGACGACCCCUACGCCGACUUCGUUAAGCUCCUCCCCCUCAACGACUGCAGGUACGGCCUGUACGACGCCACCUACGAGACCAAGGAGUCCAAGAAGGAGGACCUCGUCUUCAUCUUCUGGGCUCCGGAUGGCGCCCCACUGAAGAGCAAGAUGAUCUACGCCAGCUCUAAAGACGCCAUCAAGAAGAAGUUUACAGGUAUCAAACACGAGUGGCAGGUGAACGGGCUGGACGACAUCCAGGACCGCACCACGCUGGCCGAGAAGCUGGGCGGGAACGUGGUGGUGUCUCUGGAGGGCAAGCCGAUGUGAUGUCACCGCGGCGAGCCACGCGGAGCCGAGCCAACCGCCGUGCCAUCGGACCGAAGCAUCGAACCCCCGAACACCGCCUCACCCAGCAGCUCGCUCUCUGUCCCCCGCCCCGAAGGAGCUCGCCGCUUUACGCCUCUCGGUUCUCUUUCUGUUCCUUUUGCUUUUUCCCGCCCUGAAGGAUUCUUGUUGUGUCUCAUUAACGUACCGAUAUGCAAACGCCGCCCGUCUGAUGCCGCAGUCUGCUCGCCUGGCAGAAGGAAACACAGACACUGACUCACUACCGGGACGGUUGUCUCUCUCGCAGCCACAGUUUUGCCAAAAAGUCGAUGUGAAGGAAGCAGCCACGCGUGCGGGAGGCGAGCGCCGCGCCGCGAAGCUCCGCCUCCUUUUUCCAUAUGACUUUAUUUAUUAUUGUAAACUGUUGUUUCUUCUUCAGUGUGUUCGAACCAGGCAGACGUAUUGUUAGACUAUGCAUUGAGAGGAGAAGAAGAAGAUCUAACCCAGCACUUUGUGUUACACUACAGGUUCUGUGUUUGUGUCCCCGAGCUAACGUUUGUUUACCGUUUCAUUCCUGUCGGACUCGCCGCCACUCCAGCUGUUUGUCGCCUUACUUUCAGUUUGAAUGUAACCGUCACACCAGUUAGUUAGAGUGCACUUUUAUUUUGUAAGGAAACACUACAGGAAGCAGAUUUGACCCCAGCAGUGAGAGACGACCCGACGACAACAACAACAACAACAACAACAACAACAACACGACGACAUCUGGAGCCUUAAAGUGGAACGUUGUUUCUGAGAUCACAGGAAGCCACUUUGCAAUAAAAGCCUGUGGCCGAUCUGA